UUGUAAAAAAAUCUUAAUCUAAUUUCACAAAAUUCAUAUAUUCUGUUUUAAAAGUUCAGAGGAGUGAAAGUGAUACUUUUGAUGAACUCAGAAAGGAAAAAAGAAAACAAGUUGAAAAUGAAAAGCAAAACUUCACAAAUGACGAAGCGAAAAUAACAGCAAGAGAGCAUCAAUGCAAACGAUGAAGUAAAUCAAAGUGAAGUUAACAAGUAAGCAACGUUUUCUCGUUUCUUCCAUUCAUCAUUCAUUCCCCAAAGAUCGAAACCUAACCGGUUGUUGAUUUCAAACACAAUCUAUAAACGAUGAACAACAACAAUAAUCCACCGAAGAAUACACCGGCGCCACCGUCGUUUUUGGGAAAUUCAUCGAUUCCGGUUAACCCACAAGCAAUUCAUCUUCUCACUCAGUCUCAGCCCCAAAUGCAAGGUGCUUCAUCUUCUCCCUUCCCCGGUCAUUUUCAGCUAUCUCAACCUCAAAAUCAUGUAAUUGCACAACAACAACAACAACAGCAAUUUGCAAACCCUCGUGCUCACCCUCAAACCCAACAACAAAUGUAUCAACAGCAACAACAACAGCAGCAAAAGCCUUUUAACCAAAUGAAUAAUUACACCAACAGUAACGUGGCUUCUCCUGCAACUGCUACGACUACUACUACUACUACUACAUCUGUGAAGCGGUCACAUCAUAAGCAGAGUUCACGUCCGCAAGGUUCACCAAGUGGUAACCAGACCUCUGCCUUUAAAACUAUGGAGUUAACUCCUGCUCCUUUGAGGAAAAAGAGGAAUUUACCUGACAAUUUGAUACCUGAAAAGGUGGCUAAGCUUGUUCCUGAGUCUGCUCUUUAUACUCGGUUACUUGAACUUGAGGCUCAGAUAGAUGCGGCUUUGAAUAGGAAAAAGAUUGAUGUGCAGGAGGCUGUUAAAAGUCCUCCUUCGUUUAGGAAAACUCUUCGUGUUUAUGUGUAUAAUACAUUUUCGAAUCAGACCAAAUUGGAUGGUGAUGUUGAGGAGCCGUCUUGGUCGCUCAGGAUAACUGGGAGGAUAUUGGAAGAAGACGGUAAGGAUCCUGUGGUGGCAGGGAUUUCGACAAGGGAAAAGCCUUUGUACCCGAAGUUUUCGGCUUUCUUUAAGAAAGUUACGGUGUACUUGGAUCAGGGGUUCUACCCGGACAAUCAUGUCAUUGUAUGGGAUAGUGUUCGUUCGUCUGUACAACAGGAUGGUUUUGAGGUGAAGAGGAAAGGAGACAAAGAAUUCACUGCGGUUAUUAGGUUAGGAGUGAAUUACUCGCCGGAGAAGUUUAUGGUUUCGGCACCGUUGUCUAAAGUUUUAGGGGUUGAGUUUGAUACUCGCCCUAGGAUAAUGGCUGCUCUUUGGAACUAUGUGAAGUUCAGGAAACUGCAGAGCCCGAAUGACCCUUCAUUCUUCAUGUGUGAUGCUUCUCUCCAAAAAGUGUUUGGGGAAGAAAAAAUGAAAUUCUCCAUGGCUUCACAGAAGAUAUCACAACAUUUGUCACAGCCACAGCCUAUACACCUGGAGCAUAAAAUCAAGCUUUCCGGAAAUUGUCCAGCCGGAACUACAUGUUAUGAUGUGCUGGUUGAUGUGCCUCUUCCACUAGAGAAAGACAUGUCUGCAUUCUUAACAAGUAUGGAGAAGCACAAAGAUAUUGAUGCUUUUGAUGAAGUGAUUUGUGCUUCUGUAAAGAAGAUCCAUGGGCAUCUUAAGAGACGAGCUUUCCUUCUUGGCUUUAGUCAGUCUCCUGCAGAGUUUAUUAAUGCGUUGAUAGCUUCUCAGAGCAAGGAUCUAAAGCUGGUUGCCGGAGAUGCCAGUCAUAAUGCCGAAAAUGAACAACAUUCUGAAUUCUACAAUCAACCAUGGGUUGAGGAUGCUGUCAUUCGCUAUCUGAACCGGAAAAGUGCUCGAACUGAUGCUCCUUAAAGCAUUUGAUGGAAAAUUGUGAAACGGAGAGGUGGUUAAUUUUUUGACAUCAAUCAGCCUUGUUCCAGCCUCGCCAAAUUUUAUAUUCCAUCCUUCAUUUUUAGAAUUGAGAAUAUUGACACAAGAUUCUGAUUACUCCUGGCUUAUUUCUGAGUCCCCUACCCAUAUUUGGAUCCAUCGAUUCUCAUCUACUGUUGUCUUAUAUCAUAUUCCCCAAUGAUAAAUAGUAACAUUUAGCUAA